AGGGGGCACAACCCAGUCCAAGGAGGCUCUCUUCUUCACUCUACUCCUGACCCUGGUAAGAAUCACCAGUAGUGAGUAAGUGACACAGAGAUCCAAAGAUGACCAGCGGCCAUGGCAGUAGUAGCCGUCGCCUCUUCUUGGAGCGGCUUUGGUUUGUGGUGGGCUCUGCUCCCUCGCCCAUGGCAAGAGCACGUCAGGCCCCUCUCAUCCUGGGCUCCCCGUCCGAGCGGUGAGCCUCGGCGGGUGGCUGGUGACCGAGGGCUGGAUCCUGCCCUCCCUCUUCGACGGCAUCCCCAACAAGGACCUCAUGGACGGCUCGAGCCUGCAGUUCAGGUCGCUGGCGUGGAACGCCAACCUCACCGCGGAGCGGGGUGGCGGUGCGGCUGUCGUCGCGGUGCCGGAUAGCCAGCUCAACGGCUCCUACGCAACGUUCAAGGUGUGGAGGAUCGACGAGACGACCUUCAACUUCAGGGUGUUCAACCAGCAGUUCAUCAGCGUGUGGCGCAACGGGGCGGUCUUGGCGACAGCUGCCACGCCGGGGCCCGCGGAGACGUUCCAGAUCGUGCGCAACGCCGGUGACAAGAAUAGGGUCCGGAUCAGGGCGCCCAACGGCCGCUUCCUGCAGGUGAAGAGAGACCACUCGGUGACGGCGGACCACGGUGAGAGCACUAGCUGGGGCGACGACGACCCGUCGGUCUUCGCGAUGACCAACGUCGGAGACAUGCACGGCGAGUUCCAGAUCUGCAACGGCUACGGCACGGGCAAAGCUGCGGCGGUGCUUAGGAACCAUUGGAACACAUUCAUAGUUGAAGAGGACUUCGAGUUCAUCGCUUCUAACGGGCUAAAUGCAGUUAGAAUCCCAGUCGGUUGGUGGAUCGCCAGCGACCCCAACCCUCCGGCUCCCUACGUGGGAGGCUCUCUCGACGCAUUGGAUAAGGCCUUCAAGUGGGCGGAGAAGUACAAGCUUGGGGUGAUCAUCGACUUGCACGCGGCACCUGGGUCGCAGAACGGGUAUGAGCAUAGCGCCUCCAGGGAUGGAUCGCAGGAGUGGGGAACCACCGAUGCGAGCAUCGCCCUGACGGUUCAGGUCAUCGACUUCCUAGCUUCCAGGUACGCGGCGAGCCCGAGCCUGCUCGCGAUGGGGCUGAUGAACGAGCCGAUGGCGCCCGGCGUGACGCUCGACAGCCUGGUGAGAUACUACAGGGCCGGCUACGCCGCCGUGCGGAGGCACACGCCCAGGGCCUACGUGGUCAUGUCCAGCCGGCUGGCGGGGGGCUCCGACGAGCUCCCCCGGUUCGCCGGCAUCGGCGGGCUGCCGGGAGCGGUCAUCGACGUACACUACUACGUGUUCAACAGUUCCUUCACCAACCUGACGGCGCAGCAGAACAUCGACUUCAUCAAAACCAACUACGCCGCCGACCUCAGGGGCCUCACCAGACAAAACGGUCCUCUCUCCUUCGUAGGAGAGUGGGUGGCUGUGUGGAAUGUGCCGAACGCGACCAAGGCAGAGUACCAGAGGCUCGCACAGGUGCAGAUGGAGGUGUAUGGACAGGCUACGUUCGGCUGGGCCUACUGGACGCUCAAGAACGUCAACAACUACUGGAGCCUGGAGUGGAUGAUCAAGAACGGAUACAUCUCGUUGAAACAUUGAAAGCUGAUGACUUGCUUCUAGUUAUCCAAUUUGACGUGCGUGCACUAGAAUAAGAGUUCCAUGUCGAAUAGAUUAAUUUAUUGAUGAUGGAAAGCAGAAAGGGCACCAAUAAUUCACCAUACGUUCCAUUUCUCUUUUUUAUAUGAUUAUAUUUUUUUGCGAGGACAAGAGAGAUUUUUUUUA